AUGGAUUUCCCUGUAAACCUAACCUCCUUUUCCCUCUCGACCCUCUCCCCUUUGGAGACCAACCGCAGCCUCGGCACAGACGACCUGCGCCCCAGUGCGCCCCUGCUCUCCGCCUUCCGGGUGCUUAUUCUGACCUUGUUGGGCUUCCUAGUGGCUGCAACUUUCGCCUGGAACCUGCUUGUGCUGGCGACCAUCCUCCGCGUGCGCACCUUCCACCGCGUGCCGCACAAUCUGGUGGCGUCAAUGGCUAUUUCGGACGUGCUGGUGGCCGCGCUGGUCAUGCCGCUGAGCCUGAUGCACGAGAUGUCCGGGCGCCGCUGGCAGCUGGGCAGGCGGCUCUGCCAGGUGUGGAUCGCGUGUGACGUUCUCUGCUGCACAGCAAGCAUCUGGAACGUGACUGCCAUAGCCCUGGACCGCUACUGGUCCAUCACGCGGCACCUCGAAUACACGCUCCGCACCCGCAAGUUUGUCUCCAACAUCAUGAUAGCGCUCACCUGGGUGCUCUCUGCUGUCAUCUCUCUGGCUCCGCUGCUGUUCGGCUGGGGGGAGACUUACACGGAGGGCAGCGAGGAGUGCCAGGUUAGCCGCGAGCCCUCCUACACCGUGUUCUCCACCGUGGGCGCCUUCUACUUGCCGCUCUGUGUUGUGCUCUUCGUGUACUGGAAGAUCUACAAGGCCGCCAAGUUCCGCGUGGGCUCCAGGAAGACCAACACCGUCUUACCCAUAUCUGACGCUGUGGAGGUGAAGGACCCUGCGCAGCAGCCCGAGAUGGUGUUCACCAUCCGCCACACCACCGUCACCUUCCAGACAGAGGGGUACACGUGGCGGGAGCAGAAGGAGCAGAGAGCCGCGCUCAUGGUGGGCAUCCUCAUCGGGGUGUUUGUGCUCUGCUGGGCCCCCUUCUUCAUCACGGAGCUGCUCAGUCCCCUCGUCUCCCGCGACAUCCCCGCCAUCUGGAAAAGCAUCUUCCUCUGGCUCGGCUACUCCAACUCCUUUUUUAACCCCCUGAUCUACACGGCUUUCAACAAGAACUACAACAGUGCCUUCAAGAACUUCUUUUCUAGGCAGCACUGAGCGAGUGGUUCAGGAUGAAAAGCAGAUCUUCCGUACUCCGCGGAGUUUCGAUGUCGUCUG